ACAACUGCUCCUGUGACUAUCCACCUUGCGCAUCCAGAAUGCGCAGCUCGUGGGGCAUCCUCGCCGCCGUCUCCGGACACCUCACCGUCCGUCAAGCUUCAGCGGCUCCUGGUCACCACUCCCUCCCCGUGCGCACGCUCCAAACCCUAGCCCAGAGGGAGCCUGUGUGCCUCAAGAAGCUGUCGGCACCCGACACCGGGGUCCUGGAGCUGACGCUGCAGCGGCCAGAGGUGAAGAACGCCAUCAGUUGGGAGUUGAUGACAAGGCUGCGGGGCGCGAUCCACAAGAUUGAGGCCGACGCGACGGCCAAGGUUGUCCUUGUUGCGAGCUCCGUACCGGGAGUCUUCUGCGCAGGCGCCGAUCUCAAGGAAAGGAGGCACAUGAGCUCUUCACAGGUUAAAGAAUAUGCUAAUUCCUUAAGGUCUACAUUCUCGUACUUUGAGGCACUCUCCAUUCCAACAAUCGCCGUCAUUGAAGGAGCUGCUUUGGGUGGUGGGCUAGAACUUGCUCUGUCAUGUGAUCUGCGUAUAUGUGGAGAAAAUGCAACCCUUGGACUGCCAGAGACAGGCCUUGCUAUUAUUCCUGGAGCCGGGGGUACGCAGCGUCUUCCAAGGAUCAUCGGAAAGUCCAGAGCGAAGGAGCUGAUAUUCACAGGCCGCAGAUGCGACGCAACUGAAGCUGUCUUGAUGGGAUUAGCAAACUACUGCGUUCCAGCAGGGGAGGCCUACGGCAAAGCUCUUGAACUCGCCCGUGAGAUAACGAAGAAAGGCCCUCUGGGGGUAAGAAUGGCCAAGAAGGCCAUCGACCAAGGGAUGGAGGUAGCAGACAUGCGCUCCGCUUUGGCUGUCGAAGGGGAAUGCUACGAGCAGCUGCUGCACACGCAGGAUCGCCUCGAGUGCCUGGCUGCAUUCGCUGAGAAGAGGGAGCCCGUGUACACUGGAGAGUAGUGUCAUUGUGUACACAGGAUGUUGACGUAUAAAUGCAUAGCCCACCUUUUCCCACCAUCUUAAGCUUUUGAGUGAACUAGCUGGUGCAUGCAAUUCUACAUGGUAUUGGAGCCAAGAAGUCAUGAGUUCAAGACCCGGCUGGCGCAAAUUGAAAGUAAAAAAAUUGCAGCACAGGGAGGAGAAUAGUUUUUUUGUUGUUGUUAUUUUCAGAUGCACAGGAGAACAGUGUUGAUGUGCCAUGAUCGUCUCUUGCGGGGGUUGGCCGGCCA